GCCCACGCCAACCAGGCACGCACACUUCUCCCCACCCUCCCAACCAUGUCGUACUUCUUCUCCACCCCCGUCGACAUCGACAUCGUCCUCGAAGACCUCGAUGACCGCUCCGCCGUCGAGGUCAAGCUGGACAAGAACCGCAAGGAAAAGGUGCCGCUGUACCUCGACGGCGAGUCGGUCAAGGGACAGGUAACCGUGAGGCCCAAGGAUGGCAAGCGGUUGGAGCACACAGGCAUCAAGGUCCAGUUCAUCGGCACCAUUGAAAUGUUCUUCGACCGCGGAAACCACUACGAGUUCCUGUCGCUCGGCCAAGAGCUCGCUGCGCCUGGCGAGCUCCAGCACCCGCAGACGUUCGACUUCAACUUCAAAAACGUCGAGAAGCAGUACGAGUCGUACAACGGCAUCAAUGUCAAGCUGCGCUACUUUGUGCGCGUCACCGUGUCGCGGCGCAUGGCCGACGUAGUCAGGGAAAAGGACCUGUGGGUCUACUCAUACCGCAUACCCCCAGAGACCAACAGCUCCAUCAAAAUGGACGUCGGCAUCGAGGAUUGUCUGCACAUUGAGUUUGAAUACUCAAAGUCAAAAUACCAUCUCAAGGACGUCAUUGUCGGCAGGAUAUACUUUCUGCUGGUGCGGCUGAAGAUCAAACACAUGGAACUUUCCAUCAUACGGAGAGAAACAACGGGCGCGCCGCCAAACCAGUACAACGAGAGCGAGACACUGGUGCGCUUUGAAAUCAUGGAUGGUUCGCCAUCGCGAGGCGAGACGAUUCCUAUUAGGCUGUUCCUUGGCGGUUUCGACUUGACACCCACCUUCCGAGAAGUCAACAAGAAGUACUCGACCCGAUAUUACCUGAGCCUGGUACUCAUUGAUGAGGACGCGCGGCGGUACUUCAAGCAGUCCGAGAUUGUGCUCUUCCGACAAGCACCCGAGGGACUCACUUUGGCUCAGGAGCAGAAUAAGCUCAUGGCAGUAUCAUGAGAUGAAGAGACAUGGUUGUAGCGGUUCUGUCCAUGGGCGAGCGUUUGGCCCAGAAUGGCCAAGCGUGCCACACUGUGGCUUGCGUAGGAGCGAGGUCGUGUGGAAGAGGCCUGCCACCACACACCCCGGCGGCCAUCGAGCUUUGCCCAAACGUGGGCCCCAUGGACUCGUAGUAGUUGCGUAUGUAGUUAUGAGAAUAUAAUCGCCUCGGAGAAAUAUCCCUGGGUCGCC